CAGGCGACCAGACCCAAAGGCCGGGCAUCCAGGCCGCCGGCUACCCAGCCCAGUGGCCCUUCGCCUCUUCCGCCCGCAUCUGGCACCAUGUCGCUGCGGACUCUACCGCUGCUCUUCUUGAACUUGGGCGGGGAGAUGCUUUACAUCCUGGACCAGCGGCUGCGGGCCCAGAAUAUCCCGGCAGACAAGGCCCGCAAAGUUCUGAAUGACAUCAUCUCAACCAUGUUCAAUCGAAAGUUUAUGGAAGAGUUAUUCAAACCCCAAGAGCUCUACUCCAAGAAGGCCCUGAGGACUGUCUACGACCGCCUGGCUCAUGCCUCCAUUAUGAGACUGAACCAGGCCAGCAUGGAUAAGCUCUAUGACCUGAUGACUAUGGCUUUCAAAUACCAAGUACUGCUGUGUCCCCGCCCCAAGGAUGUGUUGCUGGUCACUUUCAAUCAUUUAGACGCCAUCAAGGGUUUCAUCCAAGACUCCCCAGCCAUCCUGCAGCAGGUGGAGGAGACAUUCCAGCAGCUGACUGACAGAUACGGAGGACUCUCAGACGGGGAGUUCCAGCUGAUUCGGCAGACGCUCCUCAUCUUCUUCCAGGACCUGCACAUCCGGGUAUCCAUAUUUCUAAAGGACAAAGUGCAGAAUUCUAAUGGUCGCUUUGUGUUGCCGGUGUCCGGACCUGUUCCCUGGGGAACUGAAGUUCCUGGACUCAUCAGAAUAUUCACCGACAAGGGCAAAGAAGUGAAGAAGGUAGAAUUCAAGCAUGGUGGGCACUAUGUCACCGCACCAAAAGAAGGUUCUUUUGAACUUUAUGGAGACCGCGUCCUGAAACUGGGAACUAAUAUGUACAGUAUGAACCGGCCCGUGGAAACCCACAUGUCUGGAGCAUCCAAAAACUUAGCUUCCCGGACACAGGAAAUCAUUGCUCCAAACCCUCUUGCUAAAGAAGAGCUGAAUUUCUUGGCCAGGCUGAUGGGAGGGAUGGAGAUUAAGAAACCCAGUGGCCCUGAGCCAGGAUUCCGGUUGAAUCUCUUCACCACGGAUGAAGAGGAGGAACAAGCUGCGCUCACCAGGCCAGAAGAGUUAUCCUAUGAGGUUAUCAACAUACAAGCUACUCAGGACCGGCAAAGGAACGACGAGCUGGCUCGCAUCAUGGGGGAGUUUGAGGUCAUGGAGCAGCCGAAGCAGAGUGCCAGCAAGGGGGACGAUCUGCUGGCCAUGAUGGAUGGGUUCUAGCUGCGCUGGCCUGGCACCCCCACCCCGCCCCCUGUGGCACCCUGCGGAGGGCCCAGGGAGCAGAAUGAUGCUGCUCGUUUUCGACCAAGUGAGCAGUUACCUCCCAUCCCUGUCUGUGUUGUAACGAACUACACAAGCCUCCCUCAAGGAGUACCGUGUCUGCAAGGCACACACAUACACAUGUUUUCAACAAAAUAGAUUCUGCCUUUUAAACUGGA